AUGGGCUCACAAGUUUCUACAGCAAGACCUUCCACAGCCAUCAAGCCAGUUGUCAUCACUGAGAAGGAGUCGCCGAACCCCGAUGUCGCAAGCCCGAUCUGCUCAACCACUGCUGCAUUCGACGCGUUGAGUGUCUCAGAGCUUGACAAGUGGUCACGGGACUUCGAGAGUAACCCCACGCUCGCCCUAUCGCAGCUCGUACUUUCCAAAGCGGAUCCCGUGCAAUCCUUGUCUUCCCGCUCAGCACUCAUCCGCGACGCCAAAAUCUUCAAUCUCAGACUGAAAGGGACUGGACCCAAUGGGGAGUAUCCUGGACCUCGCGUCAAUCAAGCAAGUUCCGGGAGAUGCUGGCUGUUCGCGACAAGGAAAUACGGUAUCAUCCCCAAAUCCCUCUACCCUGAAGCUUUUUCGUCCACUGCUUCGGGGCGACUCGACUCUCUCCUCACGUCCAAGCUCAGAGAAUACUCUUUACUGCUCCGAGCCGCUGCGAAGAAGACAAGCAGCCUCGACGGACUCCGCAAACUCAAGACUCGGUACCUUUCCGAAAUUUUCUCGACCCUCAGCAUCGCCCUUGGAUCUCCACCGAAGCCCGAUGAAAAGAUCACGUGGGAGUACUACGACCGCGACGACAAAUUCCACUCUUGGACAGGUACACCGAGGGAGUUCUACGCGCAGUUCGGCAAACGCAGAGGAAUGGAUCCGAAGGAGAGCUUCAGCAUCAUCAAUGAUCCGAGGAAUGAGUAUGGCAAGCUGUACUCGGUGGAAAGGCUAGGUAAUGUGUGGAAAGGGAAUCCCGUACGAUACGCUGUAAUUUCCGGUAUCAGAGCCAAUACGCCCCUUUUCUUCGGUUGUGACGUUGGCAAAGCUAGUAACACCCCGGAGGGCGUGAUGGAUUGCCAAGUAUACGAUCUCAAGGCCGCUUACGGAUUCAGACUUGGGAUGAACAAAGCGCAAAGACUCGAGACUGGCGAAAGCUCGAUGACCCAUGCCAUGGUGAUCACCGCGGUCCACCUCGACGAAUCAGGUAGACCAUUGCGAUACAAGGUUGAGAACAGCUGGUCCGAGUCCGCAGGCGAGAAGGGCUGGUUCAUGAUGACGGCGGAGUGGUUCAGAGAAUACGUUUUCCAGGUGGUCGUGCCGAAAUCGAUUGUCGAUAAGAAGUGGAGCGAUGUGUUGAACAAAGAACCGGUCAUGUUGAAUCCAUGGGAUCCGAUGGUGAGUCUAUAG